AUGUUACAUAGAAUAGCAUUCCUGGUCAGAUUCCUUUCAAAAGGAAAUCUAAAACUUCAGCAUCUGCCAAUCAACCUAGGAGAUAAUCAACAAAGUCUUUGGGAUAAAGACAUAAAAAAUGGCAAACGAGCAGAGAAGGAGAGCUUUGCAGGAGUGGCUCAUCUAUUAAAACCCAGCGAGCCACCACCACCACCCCCCCAGACUCAAACAGCCCACUCCCCAGGCCAAGUAGCCUUUCUCUCAAGAGUCCAACCCAGCUCACAUCAGCCAUCGUUCGGGCUCUGCCAGCUGCUUGCCGGUCUUACUCAUCCUCCGAUAGACAAGCCAUCGCUUUCCGAUCGAAGGUCCUUCCGACUGAUUCCUACAUAUUUACAUAUUGAUUCUCCAAUCGCGAGCCAUGAUUUAUCUGUCUUAAUAAAAUAUAUCCAUACAUCCACCCUUCCGCUCUCGACAUUUGCACCCGGCGUGAUCCAUAUAUGCGCCGCUGCUGUAUCCAUACUGCCCUGUACGGCCUGACGAGCAUCCCAUAUACAUCCACCUCCGUCUUAAGUGCUUUCUGCAACACCCCAUCGAAUGGUGUAGAAAAACCUUUUUACAUACUUGGCUGCGUCCACCACCACCCUUGCCGGACUCCCAAUCAUCCUCCAUCAUCAUCAUCAUCAUCAUCAUCAUUAUCAGGCUGAAUUGUUUUUAAUAGUAUUCUCUACAAUUGAGACCAUACAGGCUCUACUCCUUAAAAUAACCAAGUCUGAUUGAUCAAGAGCUUGAAGGUUUCUUCAAACCUCAACGAUCAAAAGAGAUUCUUGUUUUCUUCCGAAUCUCGUCAUCAGCUGUCAAUUGGUGUCGUCUUGUGUCAUCUCUUCCGCCGGUUCUACUAGUAC